AUGUCAAUUUUCUUGUUAUUUUCAAUACUUAUAAUAAUAAAUCUGAGAUUGGCUAAUUCGGAACAAUUUGAUAUUGAAUUAUUACCAGGUAUGCUAUCAAAUCAAAGAGCAAAAUUGUGCUAAGCAAGUAAUUUUCUGGCUCAUAAAUUAUUCAUAAAUCGAACACUUAAAAGUAACUACUUAACUUGUAAAUCACAUUUUAUUUUGCAAUAAUCAGAAAACUUCCUACAAAAAACACGUAGCAUUCAUAUUUUCUUGCAGAAAACUGCGAUUGUCGAGAUUAUUACGGAAAAUGUCGAAAAAAUGGGGAAAAAUGGGUUGAUGACGAGGGAAUUUGGAAAUAUGAAUGUGAUCAAAAAAAUACUAGAUUUUUGGGAUGUGAAGAAAUCAGAGUUGGAGAAAAUCGAACAAUUGAUGGAUUAUGGUAUAGUUGUGAACAAGUUCAGGAUAUUAAGUUGAAAUAUAGUAUUGGUAAGGGGAAAUAAAUGACAACGAUACUACGCAAUUACGAUUAGUCACAAUCUUCUUGAAAACUUGAAAAUAAUAAAACAACGACAAUCCCCAAUUUCACUUGUGAAAUUUGUGCGGGAUUUCAAAAUUUUCAGAACCUCACUGCACCAAUAAUGAGCAAAAAAUUCGAGUUGGCGAAGAAUAUCGAGAUGGAACAUUUCAAUGGCUCUGUUUGUCAACCGGAAAAUGGAUUACUGGUGGGAAAAAUUUAUUUAAAUUUAGUUAAUCAAAGCCUCAAAAAGACUUCUGGGGUUUUAUUUUAUUAACCAAAAGCUUUUUACAAUUUUUUGUCAGCUCUGAUUUUUCAGGAUGUUACUACUCAAACGAAACUCAAUCAGAUAUUUUGCUUCGAGUCGGCGAAUCUGCCUAUAAUGGCCUAAUUCAACAUGUCUGCGAAAAACGACAAGAAUAUCCAGCAAUAGUGCAAUAUUUUACACAGGUUCCUUAUUUUACACACAACUUUUUCUCUCACUCAAUUUCCAUCUAAUUUUCUGUCUGCCUCUGAGUCAACUCAAGUCGAAAAAAAUUCAAUUUAAAAUUCAACAUGUCAAGAAAAAGUCUCGAGAAUACAAAAAAGGAACAUUCCUUUCAAUUUUUUUUAGGUUCGGAAAGAUGUCGAUGUGAAACAUCCGACAAAUAAAGGAGCCAAUCGCAAUUUUCCGGAACCAAUUCAAAAAAUCAUCAAUGAUGAUGAAAAUGUUCGAUGGUUGCAUAAAUCUGCCAAUUUUUUCAUUAAAAAUGAUGAAAAACCGAGAGAAUUUGUAAGAUAUUUGGAGAAAUCAAGAAAACCUCUUUGA